ACAAAGUAAUUUUUGCUCAGUGGCUCCAAGAGUACCUAUCUGCAAGUAGGAGAUUGACUAGAGCCCCAACCUGCUGUGUAAAACAUUUUUGAUUUUUGCAAGAUAGCUUCUGUAAUCAAUAAAAAAAAAAAAAUGUUCAACUAAAUAAAUACAGCUGGCUCACUAGCUGUACUGUUGGUGAUAGAUCAGCCCCUUCUUGCCAAGAGGGUAAUUUUUGCUCAGUGGCUCCACCUAACACUGACUUGAGCCCCAACCUACUCUGAAAAAACCUUUUUGAUUUUUGCAAGAUCACUUUCUGCAAUCAAUAAAACAAUCAAUAAAAUGACCAAGGAAUCUUUCCAAGCCAAAAGACGUCUAUUGGCUCAAGGAACCAACAGAACAGGGACCAAGCAGCCACUCAAACCUACUGAAAGGCAAAGAGGUGUGGACCUUCAAGCAGCAAAGUCAUCAGGAUAACGUGAUAUUAACAAGGUCAGGUCUUGUUAAAGCCACAAAGGUGCCUGGACAAGGUUUGUGGUACCUGUGUGGUAACAGUUUGGCUCAUCUCGUGGUAGAUGGAGAAGUCAGGACUUUUCAAGACCCAUUAAGGGAAAAACUAAUGGAGGUUCUUGAUGUACUGUUUUAUAUUCAGAAUGACUGGCCCAAGUGGGAGUUGAAAAUGAAUGGAAGUGAUGCCGAAGUUUUGUCCAUAUGUGGAGGAUCUGGGGAUGAAUCCAAUGGAAAUCGAAGAAUCUCAAGACAAAAACCUUCGGAAGCUCUCAACAUGAUGAUAGCAAACCAAAGUGCAAAGAGAGCUGCUGGGAACUCAAACAACUAAAUAUUUGCAGAGAGGGCAUCAUGAAAUAUGGAUCAUUAUAAUAUAGAAUAACUAUAAAUCUGUUAUUGUUUUUGCUUUCUUAAGAAGCUGUGCUUAAAUGCUGUUGACACUUGGUAAAACGAAAGUGAGCAACCUGUUUAGACCAUGGCAUGCGGUGGCAACUUCUGACAGGAAGCUCUACUGCUUUUUUGAGAACUAUUGCUUCUGACGUAUUUGAGGUAACUGGCAAAGCAUGUUCAACUAAAUAAAUACAGCUGGUGGCGAUAGAUAAUUCGGCCCCUUCUUGCCAAGAAGGUAAUUUUUGCUCCACUUAACACUGACUUGAGCCCCAACCUGGUCUGCAAAACGUAGACGUUUUGUACGAUCGCUUUCUGCAAUCAAUAAAACAAUCGAUAAAACAACCAAUUUCCAAGGGAAAAGACAUCUAUUGGUUUCAUUUUCCUCUCACAGUGUCAGUGUCAGCAGCAAUGGGAAACGGUCCAGACUGUGGAGCUCCAUCAUCUCAAUGAUGCCUCACAUGGCCCUGUGCAAAUUCUUUCCUCUGGUUUUAGUGGGCGUUGUGGUGUUUGCUGUGAGCGGGAUCAUUGGAGACCCUCUGUUCGAGUGCCUCCAAGACACAGACUACAGCGAGCUCCUGGGCAUUGUGGAUAAAGGUCUUCCCGCUGCGAAGACACCUCGACAUGUGGCAAUCAUCGGCGGGGGCAUCGCUGGACUGACCGCUGCAAAGUUUCUGGAAGACGCUGGGCAUAAGGUGACCAUAAUAGAGGCCAGUGAUCGCAUCGGCGGACGGGUGGAGACCUUCAGAAACAGAAGAGAGGGCUGGUACGCAGAAGUGGGCGCUAUGAGGAUCCCCAGCUUUCAUAAGAUUCUCCUUUCCUUUGCUUCCAAGUUACAAAUCCCCCUGAAUCGAUUCAUCCAAGAUGACAUCAACACCUACUAUUUUGUAAAUGGACUUCUACAGAAAACGUAUGCCGUGGAGAACAAUCCCGGUGUGCUCAACUACAGCCUGACUGACAGGGAGAAAGGGAAGUCGGCCGCUCAGCUCUUCAGCCAGUCGCUGUGGAAGGUGAGGGACGACCUGAAGGCAAUCGGCUGCAGCGCCAUGUUGGAUAAAUAUGAUUCCUACACGGUUAAGGAGUAUCUGGUGAAGGAGGGCAACCUGAGUCGUGGUGCUUUGAGGAUGAUCGGGGACAUCCUGAAUGAGAACAGCCUCUUCUACACGUCGCUGGUAGAGAUGCUGUACAUUCAGUCGGACAUCAACGACAAAACUGAGUACUAUGAAGUGACAGACGGCUUUGACCACCUCCCCAGGGCCUUCUACGAGCUUUUAAAUGCCACAAUCCUCCUCAACUCCAAGGUCAAGCUGAUAAACCAAACAGGUGGUGGGAAUGUGACCAUAACGUACCACGAUUGGCGUAAUUCAGGCUCCCAGAACAACCUAACAGUGGACUAUGCCCUGGUCACGCCCACCGCCAAGGCCACCCUCUUCAUUGACUUCCAACCACCACUGUCUGGGGACAAGAUGGAGGCGCUGCGGUCAGUUCAUUAUGCCAGCUCCACCAAGGUGGUACUCAGCUUUCGAGUGCGCUUCUGGGAGAAAGAGGGCAUCAGAGGUGGGAAGAGCAUCACAGACCGGCCAUCUCGUUUCAUCUACUACCCCAGCCACAGCUUCCCUGGUACGACGGCGGGGGCCCUCCUGGCGUCCUACACAUGCUCCGACGACUCCACCCUUUUCCAGGGGAUGAGCGAGGAGGACUUGAUGGCCGUGGUCCUGGAGGACUUGGUGAAGAUCCACGGAGAGUACAUCAGGCCUCUGUGCACUGGGGGAAUGGUGAAGAAGUGGGGGCUGGAUCCUUACAGUCUAGGGGCAUUUGCUCUGUUCACUCCCUACCAGAAGGGGCACUACGCCAGGGAACUGUUCCAGAGCGAGGGACGAGUGCACUUUGCGGGAGAGCAUACGGCUACACCUCACGGGUGGAUUGAAACUGCAAUGAAGUCUGCACUCAGGGCCGCUAAAAAUAUUAACAGCCACACAUUGUAGGCAUUCUUUUUUUUUGCUGUUGUUGUUGUUCACUUUUAUAGGGUUUGUCUGGUCUAUUAACGUCAGCGCACUCUGGUGUGAUGUAUAUUUUUUAUGGUAUGAAUAUAUUUAUUGGACUAAGUAGCCUUUAUGCAAAAGCUUGUCUGUUUUAGCAAAUAUGCUGAUUAAAUCCCACAACAUUUUUAGGAUUACUGCAAAUUUAAUUAUCUUCACCGCAGCGUUACAAAAUAUUGCAAUUAUAGUAAUAAGAGGUGCUGAUGAAACUAAACCAGCAGAUUUGUACAUUUCUUUUCAGCUACAUCAUUUUCAGCGAUAUUUCAUUUUCAAAUAUGCAAAUCAAAUAUAUGAAUAAAGUCAACGCUUUUAAUUGUCA